ACCAGUUUAACCAACUGUCCCAUACUGUACUGUCUUACUGGAUAGAAACAUUUAAUUCUGAUCAUAUAAUGAUAUCUGAUUGAAAAGUUAUGUCUUCAGAUUCAGUAUGAUGAAUUACGAUGGCAAAAUAUUUGUGGGAAAUUGAAGUGCAAAUAAUUAAUGACAGUAUUUAUCAUUUAUAUAUAUAUAUAUAUACACUCACACACACACACAGCUGAAGUCGGAAGUUUACAUACACCUUAGACAAAUACAUUUAAACUCAGUUUUUCACAGUUCCUGACAAUUAAUCCUAGAAAAAAAUCCUUGUUUUAGGUCAGUUAGGAUCACCACUUUAUUUUAAGAAUGUGAAAUGUCAGAAUGAUAGUAGAGAGUGAUUUAUUUCAGCUUUUAUUUCUUUCAUCACAUUCCCAGUGGGUCAGAAGUUUACAUACACUCAAUUAGUAUUUGGUAGCAUUGCCUUUAAAUUGUUUAACUUGGGUCAAACGUUUUGGGUAGCCUUCCACAAGCUUCCCACACUACGUAGGGUGAAUUUUGGCCCGUUCCUCCUGACAGAGCUGGUGUAACUGAGUCAGGUUUGUAGGCAUCCUUGCUCGCACACACUUUUUCAGUUCUGCCCACAAAUGUUCUAUAGGAUUGAGGUCAGGGCUUUGUGAUGGCCACUCCAAUACCUUGACUUUGUUGUCCUUAAGCCAUUUUGCCACAACUUUGGAAGUAUGCUUGGGGUCAUUGUCAAUUUGUAAGACCUAUUUGCAACCAAGCUUUAACUUCCUGCCUGAUGUCUUGAGAUGUUGCUUCAAUAUAUCAACAUAAUUUUCCUCCCUCAUAAUGCCAUCUAUUUUGUGAAGUGCACCAGACCCUCCUGCAGCAAAGCACCCCCACAACAUGAUGCUGUCACCGCCAUGCGGGUUGGGAUGAUGUUCUUCGGCUUGCAAGCCUCCCCUUUUUCCUCCAAACAUAACAAUGGACAUUAUAGCCAAACAGUUCUAUUUUUGUUUCAUCAGACCAGAGGAUAUUUCUCCAAAAAGUACAAUCUUUGUCAUCAUGUGCAGUUGCAAUCCGUAGUCUGGCUUUUUUAUGGCGGUUUUGGAGCAGUGGCUUCUUCCUUGCUGAGCGGCCUUUCAGGUUAUGUCGAUAUAGAACUCAUUUUACUGUGGAUAUACAUACUUUUGUACCCGUUUCCUCCAGCCUCUUCACAAGGUCCUUUUGUGAUUGAUUUGCAUUUUUUUCACCAAAGUAUGUUCAUCUCUAGUAGACAGAUCGCGUCUCCUUCCUGAGCGCUAUGAUGGCUGCAUGGUCCCAUGGUGUUUAUACAUGCAUACUAUUGUUUGCACAGAUGAACAUGGUAUCUUCAGGCAUUUGGAAAUUGCUCUCAAGGAUGAACCAAACUUGUGGAGGUCUACAAUUUUUUUCUGAGGUCUUGGCAAAUUUCUUUUGAUUUUCCCAUGAUGUCAAGCAAAGAGGCAUUGAGUUUGAAGGUAGACCUUGAAAUACAUCCAGAGGUACACCUCCAAUUGACUCAAAUGGUGUCAAUUAGCCCAUCAGAAGCUUCUAAAGCCAUGACAUAAUUUUCUGGAAUUUUCCAAGCUGUUUAAAGGCACAGUCAACUUAGUGUAUGUAAACUUCUGACCUACUGGAAUUGUGAUACGGUGAAUUAUAAGUGAAAUAAUCUGUCUGUAAACAAUUGUUGUAAAAAGUUACUUGUGUCAUGCACAAAGUAGAUGUCCUAACCGACUUGCCAAAACUAUAAUUUGUUAAUUAACAAGAAAUUUGUGGAGCGGUUGAAAACGAGUUUUAAUGACUCCAACCUAAGUGUAUGUAAACUUCUGAUUUCAACUUUAUAUAUUUUUUUUUUCAUUGUUUGAUGGAAUGGAUAACAUAGCUGACAAACUGAUUUCAUUCUAUUUUUAUGUAGUCCUGAUUCACUCUGAAGAAGUACCUCUGCAAAUUCCACUGACCACAGCUCAGCUCAGAGAGUCUGUAUCUCUUCCAUGUUUCUUCUCAGAGACAAUUGAUUAUUUCCAAUGGCUGUACUGGUACAAGCAAACUGCUGGUCAAAUGCCCCAAAUUGUGGCAACUGUAGAAAAGAAAAAAUCUGCACAUUUUGUUCUUAAUGGAGAGUUUAACAACAUACGUUUCACAAUGGAGAAAGUAAAAGUUGGAUAUCUUCUCAUCAUCAACAAUAUCAGCAGAUCAGAUGAGGCAGCAUACUUCUGUGGAAUAGGAACAGUGUAUGAAAUGAAGUUUAGAAAUGGAACAUUUUUGUCUGUAAAAGGUGUCAGUCAGAAGAGGUCACACUACCAGACUGUAGAACAACAGGCAGAGUCUGACCUAGUCCCUCCAGGAGACUCUGUGACUCUACAGUGUACAGUACUCUCUGAGACCUGUACAGGACUACACAGGGUGUACUGGUUUAGAGCUGGAUCAGGAGAAUCCCAUCCAGGAGUUAUUUACACCCCUGGGAACAGGAGUGAUGAGUGUGAGAAGAGCCCUGAGACUCCCUCUCCUACACAGAGCUGUGUCUACAACCUCUCCAAGAACAACCUCAGUCUCUCUGAUGCUGGGACUUACUACUGUGCUGUGGUCACAUGUGGGGAGAUCCUGUUUGGCGACGGAACCAAACUUAACACCAUUAAAGGAAACACAGUGGAUCCCAUUGUCCCCAGCUUGGGAGCAGCAGUGGCUGUGUGUGUGAUUGUCAUUUUUAUUCUUUCUUGUACCAAAAACAAGAGACAAACAUGUGAUCAUUGUAAAGCAAGUGUCUCUCAGCAUAUUCACCAUGAUGAUAACCUCUCAUCAGAGCAUUCAAGUGGUCAGGUGCCAAACACAGAUGUGUUGAACUAUGCUGCAUUGAGUUUCUCUGAGAGGAAAACUAAAAGAGGAAGAAAGAAGAGAGAGACACCACAGGAGAGUGUGUACUCUGAUGUCAGAUACUCAGACUGGGAGUGAACUUUGUUUCAGAUACAGCAUGGACAAAAUUAUCUCAGUCAAGCGUCUCCAUUUAGACAAAAUGUAAGAGUCAUGGUAAAAAAAUCUCAGGACAUUGCUCUUGUAUGAAAUUUUACAAAUUUAAGAUACAAUUUUCCAAUACAAUACCAUACACAAUGGAAUAACAACCAUUUUUCUGUUCAAAUUGUCUUCUGGAGUGUUCCACUUACUCUGAACUAGCUGGUGUCAACCAGUAGCAGGAGGGACUUCAUCCUUAAAUAUCUAUGUAUAUGUUUGUAACAUUGAGUAAAAUGUUGAAUGGAACCUUAUCGUUUGGGGUUGAUAUGUGCUAAAUCAAUUUUGUUCCAUACAUUAUCACGCAUCUAAUUGUAACUAUAAAUAAAUGUCGUAGUAUUAUCAUGAGAAUUUUAUAUCACUGAAUAUUUCUAGAAUAGUGUCUUUUGUUUGUUAUUAAUUUGACAAGAGGUCAAAUUCUUACUGUGCGUCAUCGUCAAUUUAUUGAUAAAACCAUUUUAUUCAUGAUUCAAGUCAAAUGCAGCAUUUUUAUACCAUUAUGUAAAUUCCUAUUUUUUUAAAUAAUAUCUCUUAGGUAAUCAUUUAACUUUAUGAAGUCACUUUACAUAGGAGAUUAUGCUAAGAUCUUACUGAGGAGAGGAAAACUAGGAUCGGUGGUUUACUCCUCAUAGAGGUUGACCUAGUAAACCAUGCAAAAGGCAUUAUGGUCAAAUAGAGAUAUAUGACAUAAGUAUGGUAUCAAUUAGUAGGCCUAAAGCAUUCAGCCAACAGAUUACAGUAAGAGAAGCAUUAGCACUGGUCUUUUGAUUACGCUAACUGCUUAUUGGUUGGAAAUGGAACAGGACAUUUUUUACUUUUUCCACAGAGAUCCUGUUUGGCAAAGGAAAAAAAUGAAUAUUGGUAGUGUCUGAAUAUUAUAUUGUAAGUUGUUAUUUUCAAAUCAUGGUCGCUCAUGUAGGAGAGUGCUUGUAGCUUACUGAAGUGCAUUGUGUUG